CUGCUGUGUUUUGGGGGGGGGGGGGGGGGCUGUUACCUCUGGACACACAUUCACGGACGCGGGGAAAAAAGCAAAGAAGCAACCGAAAUAAGCGGAUCUGCGCUCCUCGUGAACGAGUCUCCUCUCAUUCCAAGGACGAUGUGAAGAGGACGAGACGCAACUUCAGCACACAAUCGUAGGCGUUUUUUUUAUCCGACCUCUGUAUUUAUUUGGCUUGGAGGAUGGGAACGCGUUUGGAUAAACGAUGGACUUACUGCGGCCUCACUAAAGGCCGCCGCCCUCCGAGGGUCAUGUCGUGGCCCCUGGCGGCGAUGUGGCUCUUGACGCUGAUCCCUGUGAACCGGGGCACGGCGCCCGCCGGACGGACGGCGAACACCUUCCAAUCGGAGAGGAAGGAGUGGUCUCUGAACCACCUGAGCGUGCACCGGGCCACGGGGACGCUCUACAUCGGAGCCGUCAACCGGAUCUACAAGCUGUCGGCCAACCUCACCCUGCUGGUGACCCACGAUACGGGGCCGGAGUACGACAACAAGGCGUGCUACCCUCCCCUGAUCGUCCAGCCCUGCUCCGAGCCGCUGGCCUCGACCGACAACGUGAACAAGCUGCUGCUCGUCGACUACUCGCACGACCGGCUGCUGGCCUGCGGGAGUCUCUACCAGGGCGUCUGCAAGCUGAUGAGGCUGGACGACCUGUUCAUCCUCGUGGAGCCCACGCACAAGAAGGAGCACUACCUGUCCAGCGACAACCAGACGGGGACCAUGUACGGGGUGGUCGUGCCGUCGCAGGGCCAGGACGCCACUCUGUACAUCGGCGCGGCCGUCGGCGGCAAACAGGACUACUUCCCAACGAUCUCCAGCCGCAAGCUGCCCCGCGACCCGGAAUCCUCCGCCAUGCUGGACUACGAGCUUCACACCGACUUCGUGUCCUCUCUCAUCAAAAUCCCCUCGGACACGCUGGCCCUCGUCCCGCACUUUGACAUCUGCUACAUCUACGGCUUCGCCAGCGGCAGCUUCGUCUACUUCCUGACCGUCCAGCCGGAGACGCCGGAGAACGGCAUGCCGGCCGGCGGCUCCCCCGGCGACCUGUUCUACACCUCUCGGAUCGUCCGCCUGUGCAAAGGCGACAAGAAGUUCCACUCGUACGUGUCGCUGCCCGUGGGUUGCGUGCACGGCGGCGAGGAGUACCGACUGCUGCAGGCGGCGUUCCUGUCCAAGGCCGGCAGGGUUCUGGCAAAGUCGCUCAACGUCAGCGCCCAGGAGGACGUGCUCUUCGCCGUGUUCUCCAAGGGGCAGAAGCAGUGCCACGACCCCCCCGAGCACUCCGCCCUGUGCGUCUUCACCAUCCGAGACAUCAACGCGCGCAUCAAGGAGCGGCUGCAGUCCUGCUACCAGGGAGAGGGAAACCUGGAGCUGCACUGGCUGCUGGGAAAAGACGUGCAGUGCACCAAGGCGCCGGUUCCCAUCGACGACCACUUCUGUGGCCUGGACAUAAACCAGCCCCUGGGGGGUUCCCAGCUGGUGUCGGGUCAGACGCUGUACACCGAGAGCAGGGACAGGCUGACCUCCGUCACCUCCUACAUCUACAACGGGCACAGCGUGAUCUUCCUGGGGACGAGGAGCGGCCGGCUGAAGAAGAUCCGUGUGGACGGUCCUCAGGUGGGAGGAGUCCUAUACGAGACCGUGACCGUGAUGAAGGACAGCGGCGCCAUCCUGCGGGACAUGGCCUUCUCCCUGGACGGGAACUCUCUCUACGUCAUGUCUGACAAUCAGGUGGCCCAGGUCCCCGUGGAGGCCUGUGAGCAGUACGGGACCUGUGCCGAGUGCCUGAGCUCCGGGGACCCCCACUGUGGCUGGUGUGUCCUGUACAACAUGUGCUCCAGGCGGGAUCGGUGUCCGAGGGCGGAGGAGGCCUUCCGCUUCGCCACCGACAUUGACCGCUGUGUGAAGAUCAUCGCUCAUCCGGACAGCAUCGCCGUGUCGGCGCACAGCGUCCCUCUUCUUCUGGAGGUGAAUAACGUUCCGGACCUUUCCGCCGGAAUCACCUGUUCGUUCGGCCGGCGGGCCCAAGCGGACGGUCACGUCAACGGGAACCGGGUCAUGUGUCUGUCGCCGGCGGGGAAGGAGGUCCCUCGGAUCCCAGAAGGACAAGACUGGGCCGGCGUGGAGCUUCGUCUGAACUCAAAGGAGACCGGUCAGAUGGUCGCCAGCACAGAGGUGAAGUUCUACAACUGCAGCACCCAUCAGACGUGUCUUUCCUGUGUCAACAGCACCUUUCGGUGCCACUGGUGUAAAUACCGCAACCUGUGCACCCACGACCCGAGCAGCUGCUCCUUCCAGGAGGGCAGAGUCAACGCCUCGGAGGACUGCCCUCAGCUCCUUCACUCGGGGGAGAUCCUCCUCCCGGCCGGCGAGGUCCGGCCCAUCACGCUGAGGGCCCGGAACCUCCCGCAGCCGCAGUCGGGCCAGCGGGGCUACGAGUGCGUGGUGCGGGUGCAGGGCCUGGUCCACCGCGUCACGGCGCUGCGCUUCAACAGCACCAACGUGCAGUGCCAGAACAGCUCGUACUUGUACGAGGGGGUGAAGAUCAGUGACCUGGCAGUGGACCUCUCCAUCGUAUGGAACGGCAAUUUCAUCAUCGACAAUCCCGAGAAGAUUAAAGUGCAACUCUACAAGUGCGGCGCCCGGCGGGACAGCUGCGGCAUGUGUCUGCGGGCCGAGAGGAAGUUCCAGUGCGGCUGGUGCGGCGGCGAGGGCCGGUGCACCAUGAGGCAGCACUGCCCUCCCGUCUCGCCCUACGCCAACCGCUGGCUGGACCGUUCUGCCAGGAAUGUCAAGUGCACCAACCCACGCAUCACCGAGGUGAGUCCAGUGGCGGGCCCUCUGGAGGGGGGCACGCUGGUCACCAUCCAGGGCCUGAACCUGGGGCUGUCCUUCUCCGAGCUGGAGGGCAACGUGGAGGUGGCGGGCGUGCAGUGCGUCCCACAGGAGGAAGGAUACAUCACUGCAGAACAGAUCGUGUGCGAAAUGGCCGCCGCCCCCCCAAAAAGCGCCCCGGGGCCCGUGAAGCUGUGUGUCGGCGAGUGCCGACCGGAGCUCCGCGCGCAGUCCUCCCAGAUCUACUCCUUCGUGGCCCCGUCGAUGCUGGCUCUGACCCCGGGCAGGGGCCCCGAAUCCGGGGGCACCAAGGUCACCAUCGUCGGGGAGAACCUGGGCGCCGGCAGCGCCGCGAACGUGCUCUUUGGAAAUCAGAGCUGUGAGCUGUACAGGAGGACCGCGUCGGAGAUCGUGUGCUUCUCGGCGCCGUCCGUGACGAGAGCCGGCCCGGUGCAGGUCAGCCUGAGCGUCGACCGGGCCGCGGCUCCCGGGAGCCUGGCCUUCGAGUACAUCGAAGACCCCACGGUGCAGCGCGUCGAACCCCUGUGGAGCAUCGCCAGCGGACACACCACGCUGACGGUGACCGGCACCAACCUGGACGUGGUGCAGGAGCCGCGCGUCAGGGUCAAAUACGGCGGUCAUGAAUCCGUCAACGUGUGCAAAGUGCUCAACGCGACCACCAUCAGCUGCUUCGCCCCGUCUCUGAAGGCCGAGCCCACCGCUGGCGGGGAGGCGAUCAAACACGCCGACGAGUUCGGCUUCGUCUUCAACAACGUCCAGGCGCUGCUCACCUACGGCAACGCCAGCUUCGUGUACUACCCCGACCCGUACCUGGAGCCCUUCAGCCUCUCCGGGGUUCUGGAGCAGAAGCCCGGAGCCCCCGUCAUCCUCAAAGGACGCAACCUCGUGCCAUCGGCGUCCGGCGGAGCGCGGCUGAACUACACGGUGCUGAUCGGAGAGACGCCCUGUUCCCUCACCGUGUCCGACACCCAGCUGCUCUGUGAGCCUCCGAACCUCACCGGGCAGCACAAAGUCCUGGUCCAAGUAGGAGGACUCCACAUCUCUCCAGGAGAGGUUCUCAUCCAGUCCGACAGCCUGCUCACCUUUCCCGCCAUCUUCAGCAUCACAGCCGGAGGGGGGCUGCUCCUCGUCAUCGUGGUCAUCGUCCUGCUGGCCUACCGGCGGAAGUCCCACGAGAACGACCUCACCCUGAAGCGCCUGCAGAUGCAGAUGGACAACCUGGAGUCCCGAGUGGCUCUGGAGUGCAAGGAAGCCUUCGCAGAGCUGCAGACGGACAUCAACGAGUUGACGAGCGAUCUGGACCGGGCGGGCAUCCCCUUCCUGGACUAUCGCACGUACGCCAUGAGGGUCCUCUUCCCCGGCAUCGACGAUCACCCGGUGCUCCGAGAGCUGGAGGUGUCGGGGAGCGGACAGGCGGACGUGGAGAAAGCCCUGAAGCAGUUCGCUCAGCUGCUGAACAACAAGGUCUUCCUCCUGACGUUCAUCCGCACGCUGGAGCUGCAGCGCUCCUUCUCCAUGCGCGACCGCGGCUACGUGGCCUCGCUCAUCAUGACGGCGCUGCAGAGCCGGCUGGAGUACGCCACGGACAUCCUCAAGCAGCUGCUCUCCGAUCUCAUCGAGCGCAACCUGGAGAGCAAGAACCACCCCAAGCUCCUCCUGCGCAGAACGGAGUCGGUGGCGGAGAAGAUGCUGACAAAUUGGUUCGCCUUCUUGCUACACAAAUUUCUCAAGGAGUGCGCCGGCGAGCCUCUCUUCAUGCUGUUCUGUGCCAUCAAACAGCAAAUGGAGAAGGGGCCCAUCGACUCCAUCACCGGGGAGGCGCGCUACUCCCUCAGCGAGGACAAGCUCAUCCGACAGCAGAUUGAGUACAAGACGCUGACGCUGAGCUGUGUGAACCCAGAUAAUGAGAACAGCCUGGAAAUCCCUGUCAAGGUGCUGAACUGUGACACCAUCACCCAGGUGAAGGAGAAGAUCAUGGAUGCCGUGUACAAGAACAUGCCGUACUCACAGCGGCCGCGGGCCGCGGACAUGGACCUCGAGUGGCGGCAGGGCAGGACGGCGCGCGUGGUCCUGCAGGACGAGGACAUCACCACCAAGAUCGAGAGCGACUGGAAGAGGCUCAACACACUCAUGCACUACCAGGUGUCGGACCGCUGCGUGGUGGCCUUGGUGCCCAAACAGAUGUCCUCCUUCAACAUCCACUGCUCCGCCAGCUUCCCGCGCAGCAUCAGCCGAUACGGCGUGGACGUUCCCUUCCGCUCGACGCCCACCAGCCCGGACAGCCCCGACUCCCGCGUGCCCAUGCUGACCCCCGACCUGGAGAGCGGCGUCAAAGUGUGGCACCUGGUCAAGAACCACGACCACGGCGACCAGAAGGAGGGCGAGCGCGGCAGCAAGAUGGUGUCCGAGAUCUACCUGACGAGGCUGCUGGCGACGAAGGGCACGCUGCAGAAGUUCGUGGACGACCUGUUCGAGACGCUGUUCAGCACCGUGUGCCGGGGCACCGCCCUGCCGCUCGCCAUCAAAUACAUGUUCGACUUCCUGGACGAGCAGGCCGACCGGCACGGCAUCCACGACGUGGACGUGCGGCACACCUGGAAAAGCAACUGCCUGCCGCUUCGCUUCUGGGUCAACGUGAUCAAGAACCCCCAGUUCGUGUUCGACAUCCACAAGAGCAGCAUCACGGACGCCUGCCUGUCGGUGGUGGCCCAGACCUUCAUGGACUCCUGCUCCACCUCUGAACACCGCCUGGGGAAGGACUCGCCCUCCAACAAGCUGCUCUACGCCAAGGACAUCCCGCAUUACAAGAGCUGGGUAGAACGGUACUACGCUGACAUCAACCGCCUGCCUGCCAUCAGUGAUCAGGAUAUGAAUGCCUAUCUGGCUGAACAGGCCCGCCUUCACUCCAGUGAGUUCAACAUGCUCAGUGCCCUCCAUGAGAUCUACGCCUACGUCAGCAAGUACAGCCAAGAGAUCAUCGAGGCACUCGAGCAGGAUGAACAGGCCCAGAAGCAGAAGUUGGCAUAUAAAAUGGAGCAGAUCAUCUCCGCCAUGUCGAUAGAGAGCUGAGGCACGCAUACACAAACAAACGUUACACACACACACACACUGUAACGUACUAUAACAGAUGUGUUAUGAACCCAUCGGCGACACGCACAUCCACGUGAACACACACGCACACGAUGUGCACACGCACAGCUGUCCACGGGGACACGGCAGACUUAAUGGACCUACUGUAUCAACAGACUGACGAUACAUCCACAAAGAGAUUCCCACACAGUGCGUAAACACACGCUUACUAAUGUACAUACACACACCACGGCACACGGAUCGUCAACACAGCACGUUCUGGGGGUUUUUUUCUUCAAGAAACUCCAAUAGGCAAAAAAAAAAGAAGAAGGAAAAAAAGCCCAACUUGUGAAACGAGAGAGAGACACAGAGACGAUUCGGAGACGAUCCUUUUUUUCCCGUCGGGUUCCGGCUGGUCUUUAUCCUAAACGCGUGGCGUGACUGGAGCAGCACUUAAUGAAGAACCACUCGACACUCUUUUUUGACAUAUCACGGGGGCUCGGAGCGACAUCGCCAUUUGGAGCCGAAACGUGGAACUCUGUCUCGUUGUAAGCCUUUAAAAAAAGAAAGAAAAGAGAACACUAGAGACUCAUUAGUUUUCAUGCCCACACUUGAAGUCACCCUGCCCAAAGUUAUUCUUUUGUUUAAAGCAGAUGUUCUGAACGACGACUGCACCCACAGUGUUUUGGCGUCACCUUUACACUUUGAAGCCACGAGCCUGGCGAUAUUAUUCAGACCAAAAGAAAAGAUUCGGUGCCAAAUGUAAUAACGCCUCAUGUUUCAUUCAUGUUAAAUGCUCCUGCAAAGGCUAUUAAUAAUACACACGUCAUUGUACGGAAGAGAUCCCAUUUUA